UUCGACUUCGUGAACUUCAAAAAGCGAUCCAACAGCGACCUCCAAAUAAACCUCGUACUUUCUUUACGCGCCCCGUGCAGCUCCAUGCUACUUAGUCCGUAUCUCUGAAGAAAUUCGUUUUCACACAACUUUUUUGAACAAGGAGUACGCACAACAGUUGUUUCUGACGAGAAUAAAGCUUUAUUACCUGCUCUAGGACAUUAAACAUGACGACUAGCAGCGACGAGGAAGCUGCUCCGGGCGCCACGAGCGGCGGCCGGGGUAAGCUGGAGCAACAGCACAAAAAGGAACUAAAGGAAUUGAAAGACAAGUGCAAAAAUGAGCAGAAGAAGGCCAAGUCGGACAAGCAGGCCAAGCGGGAGGUCGAGGCGAAAUACAAGCAAAUGGAAGACGAACUGGUGGAGGCUUUUGAGAAAAAAAUGAAGGACCUGUUUGGAUCGGGGCAAGCGGCAGAAAAAGAUGAAGAAUGCCAGGAACAACAACAACAACUUUCGCCGUCCGGGGAAUCACGAUCCUCGCCCAGUAAAGAGCGAAGUCCGGCGGGUGAACAAACAAAAAGCGCGGGCGGCGACGGGACAAGAACUGGGGAAUCAUCUGCAACAAGAGACGACACUGCUGUAGCUGACAAAAGUCCAGUGGCUGGCGAUGCGGAUGCCUCUGAAGAGCCUACCGCGGGGCUAACAGAAGAAGAGAAGAUUGCAAGGAAGCGGGCAAAAAAGCAGCGACAGCGAGAAAACAAGGAGCAGAAGAAAAAGGAUGCCGUAGCAGAGAGGGAGAAACUCAUGGCCGGCGUGGUAACAGAAAUAUUUACUUUUAUCUCUUCCUGUAAAAGCUGUCUAUGAAUAGUUUGUUUUUGUGAUUGUGUGCGUUCUUGCGACUCCUUGCAGCUUUGCCGGUUGACUUUCGUUUCCCAUCGUUUGAAUGGUAUCGAAUUCUUUCCCCAUUUUUUUGUAGGUACCGCUGUCCCAGAUCGAGAACGAGCGCAUGGAGAAACAGUUGACGCGGGAGGGUAUGCAGAUUUUCGACAUCCCGUCGGACGGGAACUGCCUGUACCGGGCGCUCAACCACCAGCUGCAGCUGGCGGAGUACCCGAAGCGGUUUAGCUACGACGAUCUGCGCAAUCUGUGCGCCGACACGCUGGAACGGUACAAGGACGAGUACAAGCUAUUUAUUUCGGACGAGAUGGACGGGUCGGAGGCAAGCUGGCAGCAGUACCUGCAGAAGGUGCGCAACGCGCUCUGGGGCGGGGACAUGGAGAUCAAUGCGCUCGCCCGCGCGCUCGAGUGCCGCGUGCAGGUCUACCAGGGUGACGGGGACCCGGUGCUGUCUUUUGGUGAGGACAUUGCCGAUUGGGAGCUCCGCAUCACUUUCCACAAGUACCUCUACACCUCAGCGCACUACAACUCACUGCUUCCCCUUUAGCAGUUGUACAGGACAUAAUUUUCUUUGUUUAUGAUCUCCGGCGACAAGUCCCUUGUAGCACGCAUAAUUGUAGCACAGGACUACAAGAUCGUUUUGAAAGAAUAGUCCUUCCAAAGCGCUCACAUUGAUGAU